AUGGGGCAAACGCUGUCUGUUGUGAAUUAUCUUCCCACUGCGCAAGGGACUUUUAUUUUACUUGUAGCGGCUUCACUCAUUUCCACAUUUGUUGCUCUAGCUUUUCUGUUCUCAUCAACUAAAGAGAGGAAAUGGCCUCCAUCUCCACCAAGGCUGCCAUUAUUGGGCAACACUCAUCAACUGAACAAGGGUGAAAAUCUUCUUUCCAGCAUGACAGACAUGGCCAAAACAUAUGGUCCUUUCAUGACAGUUUGGAUGGGUUCAUCGCCACUUAUAGUACUCACCGGCCAAGCUUCAAUCUGGGAGGCCUUGGUUAACCAGGCCGUCAAUUUUUCUGGUCGGGCUCCGCUCCACUCUAGGCAAUUUACUAGUGCCUCCUUUAGGACUAUGAUUACUUCUCCCUACAACGAACACUGGAUUAAGCUCAGAAGAAUUCUGCACAAGAAUGUUCUCAGCCCCGCCCACGUUGCACUUCAGAGCUCUUCUCACCAGGCAGGUUUGGAUAAACUCAUCACCAAAUUGGAAAAGGAGAUGAGACAGAAGAAUGGUGUGGUGAGGCCCUUCGAUGCCUUGAAAAUCAUGGCAAUGAAUUUUAUUGCCCACUUAUGCUUUGGCUUGGACUUUCAAGACGACACUUUCUUGUCCAAGCUGGAAGAAUUCAUAGCUGAAGAUAUUAGUCUAAGUAAAAGAGGAGAUAUGUCUCUGGAUUCAUUUUCUCUUGCUCGUUUCUUUGUUCCAUCAUCAAUCAGAAGAGAAAGGAAAUGGAAGUCUUUGAGAGCUGAUAUUUUGUGUCUCCUGGUGCCCUUAAUCCGAUUUGCUCGCAGUUAUAGCGAAUACUUUAACCGAAUUGCUCCCAGCAGUUUCUUGAACUGUUUACUGUCCAUUGACGAAGGGGAGGAAGGUAAAGACAAGUCCAAGUUAUCCGAUGAAGAAAUAGCUUUCAACUUGCACGAGCUCUUCCUUCUUGCAGUAGACAGCACAUCAACGGCCAUAGAAUGCGCUCUUGCUUACCUGAUAACCAAUCCUCACGUCCAAGAGAAGGCACAUCAAGAAAUAAGCGAAGCGACGGGGAACGGAAAAGAUGGUUAUUUUAGUUUAGAGAAUCUGAGGAAGCUGCCAUACGUGCAAAGUGUGGUGAAGGAAACGCUGAGAAAAGAAUCAAUUGCACCACUCGGGAUCAUUCACCAGACGGAAAACGAGUGUAAGGUAAUGGACAUCACCAUACCCGCAAAGUCACGAGUCCUUUUUAAUCUACAUAGCGUGAACAACGAUCCAGAGGCGUUGAAUGAACCGGAGAAGUUCAGGCCUGAGAGAUUUUUGGGGAAUAAUGAUUUGAGAAUGGCAUAUCUUCCGUUUGGAGCAGGAAGGCGUGUGUGCGCAGGAAUGGACGUGGCCAGUGUGUAUGUUCCCAUCACUCUUGCCAAUUUGCUUAAAUCAUUCGAGUGGGGAUGUGCUAAGGAAGGUAGUCUUCCCGAUCUUGCUCGGGAUAUUCAAAAUGUGCUCAUGUCCAUGAAUUAUCCAUUGGAAGCUCGAAUCACACCUCGUCCAUCAUAA